GUUAUGUUAAGCUUUUGUUUUUGUUUCUUGUCCGAACCAAAGGUGAAGGAAUAUCACCUUAGACAAACAGUAGAGCCUAGUUUGAUAGCCUGACCGGGCGUACAACUGAGUCGUGUGUGCACAAGUCCCUGGACGUAUUAGUGUAUUGCUCAAACUACCUGGAUUAUAGUGUUCUCAUACAAAACCAUGACUGAACAUCCCAAUGAAGACAAAUUACUUAUUUCAGAACAAGGAGUACACUGUGUUGGAUGGCACACCUUCAGUCCAUGAAUCACAUUACGGUGAACAAAAUACAAUGCGCCCUGGUUCUGGAAUACCGUCUCUUCUACAAUUUUACGCAACGGAAAAUCUUAGCAACGAGCAUGGAGCGAUCUGCUACCGGAAAUGCACAGAGAUCGUGGUCGGAUUUUUCGCGUGAAGCAGAUUUUCAAGGUGUAUGCAUCCAACAAUGGCUGACGACGCUCAAAAUAGUACAACUGUACCUUGUUUUGGACAAAGCCUGGACAGCCUAUCCGUACCCUGCAUGCAUUUUGCUGUUUAUGCUUCCUCCAUCUGAACCCAAAAAUGAGGCUUUUUUCAUUGUUUACAUUCGUUCAAGUAAAACCACACAGCUUAUCUACAGUCGAAUAUUUCGACUUGUGUAUUUCUAUUCGGAUCACCACCCGUCUGUGCUGUUCCUCCGAAAGUGUAAUAAUCUACAUCCUACGCACAAUCAAGGCUUCCAAAGAACUUUUAGUUGCCACCAUCGUACUCGAUCGACUCUUUCAUCCUGCACUAGGAGUUCAAAAAGUCCAAGAUCGCCCAAGUUUUCCUGUAACACAAACUUUCGCCGAUCGUUGGGUCAAAUUUUUUUGGUCAUUUUCCUCAUGUUUACCUACCUACCAACAAGAAGUCUUUCGUCUUUCACUCUACAAAACUCCGCAUUUAUUGAUAGUCGUCAAGAAUCAACUAACCCGACAUCAUACCCAAUCGAUGACCAGGAUUACCACCCAGGCGUUCAGUAUUUGCCAGACAUCACCAUGUUUGAACCGUCCAUUCCACAUUUACCUUGUCGUUACCGCUUUCGUAAUGACGUUGAGGCAAGCGCUCUGCUUGCGGACAAUGUCAUUGUUGGGUUGCCACUUGAAACCUAUCGAAGACGGUAUGGACCCAUGUAUAAUAUCAGUGUGUACGUUACCCAGGUAUUAAAAGAAACUCCCGCGAGCCUGUUUCCAAUCCGUGAACAGUAUCUCAUUCGAGUGGGGCAGUUCAGUGUAUAUCCUGAUUUGGGAAGAUGUCAGAUUGAUGCACAGCUGAAUACACCUUACAUAUUUUUCAUCCGGAGGCCUAACUGGGCCGGUUUCUGUCAAGUGUCACAGCUACCCGUCAGAUACUCCAAGCAGGCGGUAAAGCGAAUUCAGAGGAUUCUACGACUGGGCCCCUACCCACUGCAAAUGCGUCCGUUGCAUCAUGCGGAUCAACUUGAGGCCGACGAAAAUAAUGACGUGCUUUUGACAUGCCGUGUUCGCGGAAGGCCUACGCCUCUGAUCUCCUGGUAUCACAAUGACACAGAGAUCAAAGUCCCUUGGAAACCAGGCUCCAGAUACGGAAUAAUACAACAAUCUCAGAAUCUGUCCAAGCUGCAGCUGGCAAAACUCCAACUCACUGAUGCUGGAAACUAUACUUGUUUGGCAGAAAACCUGAAUGGCCAUAUAAGAAAAUCCGUCCAGCUAGUCGUAAGGGCAACCAGCACUACUUCGACGCCGACCACUACAACCACAAGUCCAUCACCGACAAAGUCUGUAUUACCAGUUAUCGUGGAACCCGAUGCAAUAUACCUAUUCCUUCCGUCGAGCGAACCCAAGGAGACCAUGGGGGAGGUUACCAAGACGAAUUGCACAGUUGUAAGGCAGAGCUUAUCUACGAUAUCGGAAAAUCCACUCUAUGACGCCCGCAGUUGUUUUGGAACGAUAAAGCUAAUCGCCAACCAGCAUAUUCCGUCCCGAUCAUCCUUAUCUCAUCGAUGGCUAGCUGAUCCAAGCACCCAAUUGACAACCACCCACAGCCCCAACAAACAAACCAUAGAUCUGGACUUUGACCAAGAACCUCCCAUUUUCAACGAGGGGAAUGAAUCGAAACACCGAAUUCGAACAUUCUCGGCACCGGCCUCAAUAAACUCCAUUUCAAGGGAUGAAAAAUACACGGUUGUUGGAAACAAGCAAACAAAGCAUUGCACAUCUCAGAGUAUGUCGUCUCUUUGUCGAGGAGAAGACUUGCCGUCCGUAACUCCCAACUAUCGAAGCAUUUGCCCUCCGUAUGGACAAAUAGAAAACAACAGCACAUCUUGCAUCCACCAAAUGCAAGAAUUUCUUCAAUUGAGACCGACACACUGGUGCUCCUCCACCACAUUUGCUAUAGCUGAUGAUGACUGGAAACCGCAAGCACUACCAUCCCACCUGCUGGAGCCGGAUUCCAGACUUGUCCACCACAUAAACUAUGAACCAGCGGGAACUUGUUCAACGUUGGCCUACCAGAACCCUUGUUUUGGGAGAGACCGUUCAUAUUUAUUUUUCGAUCCAACUUCUAUGGACCAAAAUAAUAUGCUUUAUUUUCUAAACAAUUCCACUUCGGUCACAAACAAUUGUACAACUUUUCAAAGGUCUACCAUAGCGGAACCUCAUGACCAGGACCCUGAGGGCCAUUUACGCCACAUGACACAUUCUAGAUCAACAAAAUAUUCGCCGAGAAUAGUUCUGUAAAGUUCUUUAUCUAUCAGUCGCCUACAUGCAUUGCUGUUAAUACUUGCUUCCUAACCUCCCAGCCGUUUUCCGACCCCCGACCCUCAACUCAAACUAAAGUCGCUUGACCACCCGAACGAUUGUCCAUUUUCAUGUCGGUUCGCAAAGUUCUGUUGUCUUGCUUAGGUUGUGCGUUUUCCAUCAUUUUGUCAGCGGAUCAGCCAGCACCAAAACAUAUCAUGUCUAUCCAAUCUGGUCAUUUCCGGUUCAUAA